AUGCAACGAACAUGUGAUAAGAAAAAGGAUUGGUUAUCAGUUCAAUAUAGGACACAAACAUAUGGCGAAGUAGACGAAUACAAUGCUUAUAUUGUCAAUUAUGUGAAACCGUGGAUCGAUAAAAAUUAUCGAACAUUAUCUACUGCAAAGCAUACAGUUAUAGCUGGUUCGAGUCACGGAGGAUUAGCAGCAUUUCAUAUGGCUCUAUCACAUCCGACUACUUUUGGUAUUGCUAUUUGUAUGUCAUCAUCAUUUUGGGCUGGAAUUGAUUUUUUACCUGCAUCAACCUUGACUAGAUUAUUGUUUUCAUUGGAAACAUCAGAUUUAAUUCAGAGAUACGAUGAAAUCUUAAAAUCAACUGAUGCUCCGAUAUUAUACAUUGAUUGGGGUUUGUCGAAAGGAUGGCAAAUUCAUAAUUUUAUCAUUGAACAACUUGCUGCUAGUCGAUCGAAUGAGAUGGUGAAAUUAUUGACAGAGAAAUAUGGUUAUAAACGAAUGAAUGUUGAAUCAAUUCAGCACAUAGAUGAGAACGAAAAGAUUUUGUUAACAUGUAUCGAUUCACAUGGUGAACAUGAUGAAAUAUGGUGGGGAAAACGAUUCUUGACUAUUGUCAAUAUUCUUUUCGAUCAUUUUUUGGCAAUUAUAAUAAUUAAUUAG